AUGACGGAAGAAGCUUUCAACAUUAAUUUUGAAAUUCCUCAAUUCCUAAUACAUCAUUAUUACAUUUCCGGAUGCAUAUCUGUUUCAAUCAACUCUUUUGUAUUCUAUCUGUUAUUGUUCCACAGAAACAAAAUGGAUUCAUUCAGAUAUUAUUUGAUGGGUUUCCAGCUAGCAUGUUCUUUGGUUGAUAUACAUUUGACAUUUCUAAUGCAACCAAUACCUUUGUUCCCACUUGUCUCUGGAUAUUGUAGAGGAGUUCUUUCGAAACUAUUUAAUGUAACUCCACAUGUUUGUAUGACAAUUCUAGCUUUUCUAGUGGGAGCGCAAGUGAAUUCUUUGAAUUUAUGUUUUCUACGGAAACAUCAAGCAAUCGCAAAAAUUAGCAGCAAACACGUGCUGAAUAAAAGUACACAUAGAGCGAUUGUGUUUUUCUUUCUUACCUACACUCUUACGUAUACGGUACCAUUUUAUUUGGCACAGUAUCCGAGAGAAUAUAAGUUGCAAAUGAUUGACAAGAAAUAUCCCAUGUAUCGACAUCAGUUUGAGAUGCUUCCCAAUUUCGGCUAUUAUGAACUGAACGCCAUGAUUUUAACAUAUGUGAUUAUGAUAAUUGGCGGAUGUAUACAGUCAACUCUGACUGUUUCUUUACUAGCUUUUCAAAUGUAUCGAGCACUUGUUUUUUGUAGUCACAACCUAUCAAAAACAACACUGGAAAAGCACAAAUCGGCUCUGAAAAGUCUUGUCUGUCAGUUUUUGACAACCCCCAUUGCAAUCCUUCCUGCUAUGUUGAUCGUAUCCACUCUUUUUGUUCCGUUCAAAGGAGCACAACUGUUCACACAAUACAUGCUUGCGGUGAUGACAACUCAUUCCACUAUUAACUGUCUUGUUAUGAUCUUCACAAUACCAGAAUUCAGAGCUUUUGUUAUGUUUCGGAGCAAGGAAGGAAAACUUCAACGACAUAGAAAGAGUGUCAGUUUCGUGGUUGCUAAUUCCAACGGAAGCACCCGUCCAUUUCGUAUUUCUAAUAGAAGAUCAGUUUUUUGA